AUGUACGGCCAUUUGCUUAUACCCGGGACGAAACCUCAGAUUGUUUCUCCUCGUCUACUACCUGUAGCACCCACUGAGCUCACCAGCUCCUUCAUAUAUCUCUCGCCCUUUCCUGCGUCUGUCAACAUUGACCACGGCCGCGUAUUUUCAGCGCAAGCAGUUUCAGCCGUAGCGCGUGGCUUUUUUGACAUACAUUCCAAUCCAAUCUCUACCCGGCGUGAGCCUCAGCAAGACUCUGAGCUGCCCAAAGCCUCAAAGCGCAAGGCCACCCCCAGGAUCGACCUUGACGCCCACUACAAGCAUCAGGAAACCAACAAGGAGCGUGGAAGGCUUCUCACACUUGCGUCACUAGGUGCAUCAUCCACAGACAGGCAGCGAGCAGCAGCUAGGGUUGUAGAUACCACACACAUCAUAAAGCGCGGAAUCAUCUGCAAGCCACGCGAUCACACCCCACCGCUUGAACGCUACAAGCCCAGAAAGGGACGUCUUACCACUGGUAGUCGCAAGCCGGCACCACCCCCAGAGCUUAUCACCUCCAACGCCGUUCCCCCCAUCAUUGUUGCUCCACAGCCAGUGCGACCCCUUCCCAACUUCGUUAAGGUCAACACACACGCACGACCCAUUCGCCCUCUUCCGUCCAAAGUCAGGCCCACCCUCCACAUCGAAACACUUAAGAAGCAGGUCUCCGCUACCCGCUUCAGACUACAACUGAUAUUAGGAGCAUUCUGGGAGAGAAUUGAUCAGGACAAACGAAAGAAGGUACAACUCCUCGCAUCGGAGUUAGACAAAGUCUGCGCAGAUCUCUACACGGGAACUCGUGAAUACACCUUCGUCGACAAACAGGUCAUCAACACGUGCUGCCUAGAAAUAGGAAGGAUCAACUUCAAGGAGAUAGGGAAGCAGCAGAGGUUAGACGAGAUCGUCAGGGAGAUUGGGAAAGUCAAGGACAAGCAGCAAAGAAUGGAUGACAUUCUGCAUACAAACGUUGAGUCAGCACAUGACGGAAGCACCCCACGCGCCUCGCAGCGCAAUUCACCAGAACCUGCACUAGGACCGCAGGACUCUGCAUCACAAGUCGGAGGACCAGCAUCCCCGACACCAUCACUUGUACCAGCCUACGUCCCACCCAUCUGGGAGUUUGAUGGACACCAAUUCGAGUACCUGGAAGAUGCUCUCAGACAAUCCGCUCCCGGAGAAGUCCCAGACCACAUCCGUGAAUGGGUAAUCGUGGCAAUGAAGCUCACGGUCACUACUGAGAUCGCCAAGGUCUACAAUGUGCUCGGAAACAAGAUGUACGAGCACAAGAAAGCCUUUGAAUCAACGAUCCAAAACAACAAGAGCGAACACCGACUCAAGGAGGGAAUGCUCCAGACGGAGAUCGGGAAGCUCAAGGAUAGAAUCCUCGUGCAAGACGUGCAUAUGACAGUUUUGAAUGACGAGCUCACAGGAACCCAGGCAGCAAUGCUCGAUACAGGCAAAGAAAUGAUGGAAAUCAAGGCAGCUAACGUCAAGCUGCGACAUGAGCUAGCUUCGCUCAAAGCAAGCAGCGUCACUACGACGCAAGGUCAAACAUCCAGCACGGUCCAAUCGCACAAGCCACACAUCAAAAUUGCUGAACCUCCACACUACUCGGGCAAAGGAAGUCUGGAGGACUGGCUCCAACAACUCGGUAUAUGGAUGCGGUGGAAUGAGAUUAACGACGAUGAACACAAGAUUACCACGGCCUUACUGCACUUGGAAGGUGGCGCGUUCACAUACAUGUCCGAAUAUGCGACCAGAGCAGCAGCACGGCAGGCACUUGGCACAUGGGAAGACUUCGUCAACAUUCUUAAAGUGAACUACAGGACCCUCGACCCGGACAAGGAUGUGCAGCAGCAUUUGAAGGAUAUCUGCGGCAAGACGUAUCCCACAAUGGUAUCCUUCGCAGAACAGUUCCGUCAAUGGGCCACUAAGACCAACUUAGGGCACACUGCACUCAUCGGUUACAUCGCUGAACACCGAAGCAAGGACAAUAUCUCGACCUAUGCCUUCAAUUAG